CAAAAACAAAUCAAAUGUGAAAUCUUAUCAAAUUAAGGGAAAAAAAUUACACAAAUAAGCUGGACAAUUUCAAACACAUCAAAUCAGCCACGAGCAUCGAGGAAAUUGGCGCGAUGGAACCAUCAGCUUGCGAAGAUUUGAAGGCAUUCGAACGGCGUCUUACCGAAGUGGUUUCAUCGUACAGGCCAUCCACGUUCCGCUGGCGCAUUAUACUAUCUGCAUUAUCGGUAUGCACGGCUAUCAGUGCCUGGUACUGGCUGAGAGAUCCACGUACGACCGUUGUGCCGCUGACGGAAUCGCUCUGGAUACACCCCAUCUUCACUGUGGCCACAGUCACAUUGAUAGUGCUCUUCAUUUUGGGCAUACAGAAGCUAGUUGUGGCGCCGUCGAUAAUCACGUCGCGCACACGAACGGUGCUCACAGAUUUUGCCCUCGACCUGGAGCCACACACUGGAAAGUUAAUAUUAAAGCCUCGUCAAUGUAAUAACAACGGCAACACAUGAAGCUGUAUACGGAUAUUAAUUUCAUUUUGCCUUGCCCUGCUAAUACAAUGACUAUGAUGCAUACUUCCAAGAUGAUAGCUUUUUCGCAUCCAAAAACCUAGUUUAAUUCAUACAUCAAACUUAAUUGUUUAAGUACGCUUCAUUCGGUUAAAUUAUAUAAAAAAAGCUCCAUUGUACAUAUACUUGUUCGAGCUCUUAUUUAUUUCUGCAAUCAACUCAAACAAAAUUCAAUAUAUAUCAUUUCGGGACCCUGGAACGAAGAAUCAAACAACUGACAGGUUGCAGCUUAACAUAAUGAAGUUAGCCAAAAUUGAUAAUGAAAAGUAUGUAAGCCCAAGCUGACAGUUAUCACGAUUAUUGCUCGCUGGAAUCGUUCAUUGUCUUCUGAACUUUAACAAGUGAAAAUUGGGAAAGUUAUGCAAAUGAUAAGUGCCGCUUAAUGAUUCGCCUACAUGGGAGGUCGGUGGGGUUCAACCUUUUACGGCGCGUCUCAGUAGUGGAGUCUUCCAGAGCCCUGGCGACCGUAUUGGGCAAUUUGUUGGCGUUACAGUUUCUGAAAAACUUAAUUUGAUAUCCAACCCUUUAUAAGCCUCUCCGCUCUUGUCGACGCCGAAAUACUAGCCCAAAGGAGAGCAUAUCAUGCGUGUAUAGGGUAUAGAGAUCCGGGGCAAGCCUUGCGAAACGCCAGCUAUGAUAGUCUACUGCCGUUUUUUUUAUCUUGACUACAAUGAAGCAAGAGCUGAGGAUGUUGGAGUAUGGUACUGGGAGAUGAGAUUUCAGAUUGAAGAGAAGAUCCUUGAUCCGGACCUUAUAGAAUGCCUGCUCGAUGCGCAACCGCCUGGAAUCUGUACCUUAGAGCACGGUCGACCGCUCGAUGCGGGGCCGCGUGACUUUCGAGAAGCAAUCAUGUGAUACAUAAAUCCCAAUUGCACAUUAGCUCCGGAGCAUUAAUUAUCUUUGCAAAUUAUUUACCUAAUUAAAGUUACACUUGUUCAGUUA